AGAGCAGCACGCAGUUGGUGGACUCAUUGCGGUGGACAGAGCACGAGAGAGCAUCUUCUCCGUGACACGGAAUUAACAGCGUUUUCUAGCCCUACGAAUGCGCGCGUGCGUGUGUGUGUGAGUGUGGAUGUGUGUGUGGGGUUUUUUUUUUUUUUUUUGGAAAUCGGAGUUUCUUUUUGUACACAAAGCCUAAUGUUUGUGCUCCAGAUGAAUGCACGUGAGGAGCUGUGAGGAAAUGAUGGUAAAAAGCGCUCUCCAAGCGUCCCGUUUGUGCAGAGGAAUACCGAGCAAUAACGCAUUCUGUGACAUUGAUGAAGAAGAAAAGAAAAAACCCAACACACACGUUUAGCUGAUUAUACGUCUUGAUUUAAGAGGAAAAACUAUUCCAUUCACAAGCAAUUGGAUGAGAGUCGUAUUUGCCCUUGGCAACUGAAGAUGACGUUACUAUGGAAAUGGCUAGUGCUGCUAUCAAUCACUGGCUGCCUUGCAGCUUAUCCAGAAGAUGCAUUGUUUCAUGGACCGAGGUGGAGGACAGAGCCCAGUGACCUGAUUCUCCCGAUCCACUCCCCAAAGCAGGAGGCUGUGCUAACAUGCGAGGCUUCGGGCAUCCCUUUUCCACAGUACAGAUGGUCUCUGAAUGGGACGCUCAUUGAUCUCGAUGGUGAUGAGAGGCGUCAUGUGUCUGGAGGGAACCUGAUUAUCAACACACUGGACCGAGACCAAGACGCAGGCGUGUACCAGUGCUCUGCCUCCAACGCCCGAGGAAUCAUCCUGAGUCACAGAGCCACUGUGCAGUUUGCUUAUCUAGAGAACUUCAAAACGCAGCCAAGAAGUGCUGUAAAUGUGAGGGAAGGCCAAGGUGUCGUUCUGUUAUGUGGAACCCCAAUGCAUUCUGGAGAACUUACAUUCGCUUGGGUCUUCAACGAGUACCCAAACUUUGUCCAGCAAGAUGGCCGGCUCUUCGUGUCACAGGAGACCGGAAACCUGUACAUCGCAAAGGUGGAACCGUCUGACGUGGGCAACUACACAUGCGUCGUCAACAACAGCAUCACCAAGGAUAAAGUGCUCAGUUCACCCACUCCUCUGGUGCUGAGAAACGACGGUGCAAUGGGAGAAUACGAGCCCAAAAUAGAAGUUCAUUUCCCAGACACUGUGCCUGCUGCGAAAGGAUCGUCUGUGAGACUCGAGUGCUUCGCUCUGGGGAACCCGGUUCCUAAAAUCAGCUGGAGACGAACCAAUGAUGUGCCAUUCCAGAGUAAAGUCAAACUGAGUAACUCCAAUGCCGUGCUGGAAAUUCCCCGAUUCCAGCAGGAGGACACAGGAACAUACGAGUGUGUGGCAGAGAACAGUCGGGGAAAGAACGCUGUAAAAGGCCGCCUCUCUUUUCACGCCAAACCCCACUGGCUGCAGACCAUGACGGCCACAGCCUUGUCCAUUGAGGAGAACUUAUUUUGGGAGUGCAAAGCCAAUGGGAAGCCCAAACCUUCAUACAGCUGGCUGAAGAAUGGAGAAAUGCUUAUGUCUGAGGGCCGGGUGCUGAUAGAGAACGGUGCGCUCAGCAUCUCCUCGCUGACCCUGUCUGAUGGAGGGAUGUAUCAGUGUGUGGCAGAAAACAAACACGGCAUCAUUUAUGUCAGUGCUGAACUGGUGGUGCUAGCGUCACCACCCAGUUUUUCAGAGAACCCCCUGAGGAGCGUGUUGAAGGUCCGUGCUGGCAGCGAGGUGACUUUGGACUGCAGACCACAAGCUUCACCCAAGGCUGUCAGCCUGUGGAAGAGAGGAAAUGAGCUGAUCCAGAAAAAUGAAAGAUUUUCUGUCUUCCCCAACGGAACACUAAAGAUUGCCAAUGUGACUAAGCAGGACGGAGGCAUUUACACAUGCAUUGCCAGAAACCAGUUUGGCAGUUCAAGUACAGCAGGCCGCCUGCUGAUCACGGAGCCGAGCAGGAUUACACAAGGACCCAGCAGCAUGGAGAUUAUGGUGGGUGAGAGCAUCGUACUGCCCUGCCAGGUAUCUGUGGAUCCGGCGCUGGACGUGAGCUUCUCCUGGGCCUUUAACGGCCAGCUUAUUGACUUUGAGCACGACUCAGAGCACUUCGAGAGAGUCGGCGGAAAGUUUGCCGGGGACCUCAUGAUUCGUAAUAUUCAGCUUAACCAUGCCGGGAAGUAUGUCUGCAUUGUUGAUACAGAUGUCGAGAGCUUGUCUGCAGAUGCAGUCCUGAUUGUGGAAGGUCCACCCGGUCCCCCAGACAGAGUGAUGGUGGAGGAGAUUACAGAUUGCACAGCACAGCUUUCCUGGAGCCCUGGAAGAGACAAUGGCAGCCCCAUCACUGGUUAUGUCAUCCAGGGCAGGACACCUUUCACCGUAGGCUGGCAGGCUGUGGACACAGUUCCGGAGGUCAUCAACGGCAACACGCUGACUGCUACGGUUGUGGAUCUGAAUGCCUGGGUAGAGUACGAGUUCAGGGUGCUGGCCAGCAAUGGUGUAGGAAUGGGAGAACCAAGCCCUCCCUCUGCUAAAACCAGAACUGAAGAUGCUAUUCCUGAUACAGCUCCCACUGAUGUAGGAGGAGGGGGAGGCACCAAGUCAGAAUUAGUGAUAACAUGGGAGCCAGUCCCAGAGGAGCUACAAAAUGGAGAAGGCUUUGGUUACAUCAUUGCCUUCCGACCCAUGGGCAUGGUAACCUGGACCCGGGCAGUGAUAUCUUCACCUAUCGUGUCCCGCUAUGUUUUCCACAAUGACACCAUACCACCUUUUUCGCCCUUUGCCGUCAAAGUUGGAGCUUUUAAUAACCGUGGGGAAGGACCCUUCAGCUCCAUCGUCACAGUUUUCUCAGCAGAGGAAGUGCCGAGCAUAGCACCUGAGAGAGUUGUGGCUAGAAGCCUCUCCGCCUCCGACAUCGAAGUCAGCUGGGAAGCGGUACGGUCGAGUCCUGAGAGAGUGCUCGGCUAUGAGGUGGUGUACUGGGAAGACGACACCAAACCAGAAACUGUAGGUAAAGUGAGACUCAUCAACAACUCCACUGCGGUCAAUGUUAGCGGUCUUCAGGGCAACACGCUGUACUAUUUAGCUGUGUGCGCCUUCAAUACUGCGGGAAGCGGCCCUCAGUCUCUGCCUGUUAAUGCUACCACUAAGAAACCACCUCCAGGGCAGCCACCGCAAAACGUGGAGUGGACUCUGAUAGGUUCACAGCUCACACUGCAGUGGGACCCAGUCAUAGCUCUGGAUACCGAGGCUGAGGUCACUGGAUAUGUGAUAAUGUACAGGCGCCACCGCAAUAACGACAUGUACACAAUCACCACCAACAAAACUACAGUGGAGCUGACACUCUCCCCCAAUGAUAACUAUGUGGUUCAGAUCAAGAGCUUGAGCGAGGGGGGGCUCGGGGAAGGAAGUGAGCCCAUUCAUAUUCACCAACUUAGUAUGGGAGCUCAAGGCUCUGGAACAGGAAGACUAGGCAGCCUCAUGCUUUCUCGUCUCCUCAUAACUACACUAGUGGCCCUUAACGCCUCCUGAAGGUUUUUCUCUUUUGAGCAGGAUAUCCACCUGACACCAAUCUCUUUCACUCUCUCUUUCUCUCGCACACACACAUACAUGCACACACACACUUCAUGCUCUUAACCCGUCCCUUGUUAUUGCCACCCAUCUCUGUCUGGCUUAAUAGGAUUGGCCUAUAUAUGUGUGUCACUGACACUGCAGGAUAUUGGAAUGUCAAACAAAUAAUGAAAGGAUUUGUCAAGAUGGAAACAUGUCAGAAUAACACAGAAAAGUGAUCACCACUGCUGGAAAAAGGACAUAAUUGUUAUGCAUGAUCAAACUGGAGCUGACUGAUUUGAGUUACAUGGCACAAAAAUACUUUCCAUUUUCUCUCUCUCUCUCUCUCUCUCUCUCUCUCUCUCUCUCUCUCUCUCUCUCUCUCUCUCUCUCUCUCUCUCUCUCUCUGUCUCUCUCUCUCUCUCUUUAUGUUGACCUCUGCCACAUUUGGAUUCUUGAAAGCAAUCAAUGCCUUAAGGCUAUUUGCGUACUAAAAUGAACAACAAAACAGAUCAGAGAGUGUGCUUCAGCCUCAUAUUGUUUCAGACACAUAGUUUUCAGGCAUUUAGGGUCAUAUGUGAUUAGAUUCUGCUAGGAAUUAUUUGCUUGUUCUUGCUUUAAUACAAAUGUAGUCUCAGUCUUUGUGUAAAACCUUUCAGCAGGCAGGUCUGAGUUAAUCUGUAGCCAGAACUUGAGCUUGAGUAACGCUAUCAAACGAGAAAACACAAAUGACAGAAGUCACCUUAAACAUAAGAUGUGUUUUGAGUUCCCUUUCUACUUCUCUUACUGCUCGUAUGAAGGAACCACGGUUCUUUGGAAAAAGCAACCUAGGUUAGAAAGCAGCCCUAUUAUCUUUUAAAGAUCCUUCUUUUUUAGCCAACAUCCUCCACAUUCCCAUUACUCCAUUGUGGAAUGUUAUUAGCUCUCGAAGAGAUCUGUCAGUUCCAGAGCAAGAGAAACUGCUCCUCUGGCCCUUUGAUGGGAUAUAGCAUUUUGUUCUUUUCCUCAUGCUUGAUAAAUAAUGGAUGGCUCAUGCAUUAGGCAUUCUGCAGAGUUAAGGCCAGAAUAUUCGUAUACUCGUUAAGUGGCAAUGCAGGCUUCACAAGCAAUUUCCUUUUCAGCUUUCUAUGUGCUACCAUCCCGCUAUAUCCACUAUCAUCCAACCUGGGAUUUAAAAAGUGGGUUAAUGAAAUUGGCAAUCUAUUGUUUCAGUUCUGUAGGAGAGCAUGGGAUAAACCCAGUGCCUUGAUGAAUGGCAACCUAUUAAAAUUCCUGCAAGAAGGGACAGGUUUUUGUUACUUGGUAUAUUUGGUAAAUAAGCUUGCAGCAAAGUAUGGGGCUUGGUGGGAAUUGGAUUUGAUGUUAAACAUUUUAUAGCGCUUGAGGCAUUUUUGAAGGAUUUCACCGAGAUAAAAGACCAUACAAAGGUAGAGACGGAGCAGAUUUGCCACAUAUUUUGAAGUCAUCUGAGGGUGAAAAUACAUGUCCAAGCCUUAAAGAUUAUUCCAGUUCCAUAAUUAUGGUACCUUGUAGGUAAUGUGGUCAUAUAGAGAUGAAUGCUGUGCCAUAAUUGGAAAUAAUUAGUACAGAAUUGUAUGUGUGUAAUGUUGAGCCUUUUCCUUGGGUUUCGGUUACUAAAACAGUAUUUCUUAAUAUUGAGUUGUUCAUCAAUAAAAGAAAAAAAAAAGAUCUUAGCAAGUGCAAAUAUACUGAAUAUGUACAAAUUUAUUAAAUAGUUCUUAUUAUGAGAUUUAUAUAAAUCAAAUUAUAGAUUGAUUAGUAUCUUUACCAUGUUUUAAUUUCAAACAUUUAACUUAUUCUAUUAGCAGAUCUUAUUUUUUUCUUUGAAAUAAAUAUUUUUUAAUUUUUUUUAGGAAAAAUUGUGUAUCUGCCAAUAGAACAAGAUCAUGUCAAGCUUUAGUAAAAUAUGUUUAAAAUAUUUUAGGCACAUUUGACUACAUGCAAGAUAUUUUCACUUGUUAAGAUUUCAGUCCCAGUCCAGGAUGUAUUCCAGUCUCACACCUAGUGUUCCUGGGAUUGACCAGGAUAAAGGAGUUCCUGUAAACGAACAAACAGUUGAGCUACUGUAGCAACAAUGAAAGCAAACAGAUAGGUUCAUGUCAUGAGCCAAGUUAGUAAGUGAGAGGGAUUUGUGGACGAUCCUGUGUGUUUAUCCCUUUUAAACUCAAAGUUAUUUCUGAAUAAUACAUAGUAUUAUUAUAUAUAGUAUCACAAGUAACUGAAUAAAAGUGAAUAAUAUCCUGGGUAUCCAUAGUCCCAUAGCCAAUAUUAAAUUUACUCUAUUUCUAUCUAUCUGUUCCUAUUCUAAUAAGGGAAUUUCAUCAUGGCCAUCAUCAUAUUCAGGACAAGCUUCAGCUUUAUCAUACAUCCUAACUUUAUUAUAUCGUAGCUCACUAUCUGUGUAACAUUUGGUCUUUAAAAUAUCUCACUAGUUUCUCGUUUAGAGAAAUAGAGUGAAGAGGUAGUGACAAUCACUGAUGUCCGUGAUAAAAAUAGACCAUCAUGCUGAAUAAUCAGUAAGUGUCUAGACGGCAGCUGAUGAGCUGGAAAACGCUCCCAUCAGUCGUAUUCAUUUGGUUUGAGAGGCAUAUCAUGUCGGCUCUUUAUCUGGUGACCUUUUGAUUAGAAAGGUGUGGGAUCAGCUGACCAGCUGUAAGAACUGUGCCUUGGCCAGACGGUUUUGUGCCUGCUUCAUCGCACUCGCAUAUGCUCUUUCUUAAAGUCCUGAGUAAGCACAACCAAGUGAACCAAGGUGACAACGAACCUUGUCUCUACUCAGCAAGAGCAGGCGUGGCACGUGGCCGUAGUGGUCCAUACGAAAAACAAAUCUAAUCUGGAGGGCCUAUCUACUCCCUUUCAUGAAGGUCCGGGCCUCUGUGAUUAGGCUACACAAGGCCACUCAAUGAGAUAUUGAUUUUUCUGCUUUGCUACUGAGGCUGUCACAAUGCAGACUUUUUGAUUGACUGAUGCCAGCUUUCCUCCCUCCUCACUCACACUGAGGUUUUGCAGUGUCCUUGCAUAUCCUCCUGCUAUACUGAGGCUUAGAUAGCGUAACCUGGAAACUUAUACAAAAGGAGGCACUUGAAACUAGUUUUGUCUCUUGAUUUCAUUUCUAAUUUUUCUAUUUCUAUUUAUUUAUUUAUUUAUUUAUUUAUUUAUUUAUCUUUCUUUCAUAUCUUUAUUUCUAAUAGGAUAUUAUUUUAAUAUAAUUUUAUGAAUUAUAUGAUUGUAUCCUUGGUUUAAACUAAUAUGUGCUGAUGAAUUGAAGACAUUUUCUUUCUUUUUUUCUUGGUGUAUUUACUAUCUAGAAUUUUCUGUAAAUUAACAUACUUUUAAUACAGUAUCUGCGUCUAGACAUAUCAAUUCACAAAGAAUCGUUGCUGUGAUUUUUUUUUAGACUCAUUUUAGGAUUGUGCAGUCUGUUUAUAAAAUAGUGUACAUUUAUAUGGAAUAAUUUUAUGGCCCUGAGUAAAUCUACAAAUUUGUCUGUUCUAUUUAAAAAGUAGAAACUUUUUUUCAGUAUCAGUAUUCUUUAAAACAUUACUACAGUAAUUUAUGAAUAAUCUUGACCAGUAUCAUUUUUCUCCCCACAAUGUAAAUAGUAACAGUAUAUUUUUAAAUUUGGUCAGUAAAGAUAAUCUAGUAAUGUUUUUUUUUGUUGUUGUUUUUUUUUUUAUACAAUGUUUGGCCAUGAAUUUAAUACUGAUGUAUUGAUUCAUAAUCUCCAUGAGAUGACUCGCCUAUAAUAUUAAUAUUUUCACAUUGAAAAGUAACUGUUUUUGCCUUGUAUACCUAAACUGUGCAUGUGGGAAAAUUGUUUGGUGCAUAUGUAUUGAAUUUUAUAAACCUGUAACUUAAUAAAAAUACUCAAAGA